AUGGACGCCUCCUCCCUCCGCAUCUCCAAGUUCGAUGGAACUAACUUCCACGCCUGGAAGUUCAAGAUGCAGAUGGUGCUGGAGGAACGGGACCUAUGGGAGGUCGUCAGCGGUGAGAUCAAGGCGGAACAGUGCGAGACUCAGUUGGACCAAGCGACGUACAAGAGGAAGUCAAGAAAGGCGAUGGCAGUGAUCUGUCUAGCCAUGGAAGAUUCCCAGCUACCGUUGGUCCGGUCGGCAAGUGGUGCAUGCGACGCAUGGUCAAGGUUGGAAGACCACUUCGAGAAGAAGAGUCUUGCCAACAAGCUGUUCUUGCGCCGUCGCUUCUUCACGACAAUGAUGGAAGAAGGCGACGAUGUGCUCGAACACAUCAACAAGCUCAAGACGCUGGCGGAACAGCUAGAAGCGGUGGGGGCUCCAGUCUGCGAGGACGAUCUGGUGAUCACACUCCUCGGCAGCCUGAGUGACUCGUAUCAAUUCUUGAUCACAGCUUUGGAGUCGCGCUCAGACACUCUUAGCUGGGAGCUCGUGACGUCUCGACUGCUUCAUGAAGAAAUGAAGCGGAAGGAGCAAGGAAGUAAAGGUGAUGAAGCUUCGCAAGGUCAAGCGUUCAUCACAAGGGACAAUCAGCGCAAAGGGCGACCAGUGAAGAAGUCCUGGCCGUGCCACAAUUGCGGAAAGAUUGGUCACUGGAUGGCGGAGUGCCCCUCGCGCAUCCAAGAAAACACGGAGAGACACCGGCCACAGCGUGCUCAAGACAGCGGCGACCGCUAUCGAUCACAACGUGCAAACGUCGCUCAAGAAGAAGACUCGGGCGACUACCUCUUUUCGAUCGGUGAAACGACAUCUGCGAAAUCGAGCGACAUCUGGCUGGUCGACUCCGGGGCGACGCAGCACAUGACGUGCUCUCAAGAAGUUCAUGCGGAACUACAAGGGGUUUGA